CCCCCCAGAACCGUACAUUUACAGUGUAGCAAAAGAGAAAGUAACUAUGUUGUUGCUGGAGAUCAAUGAAGCCAAGUGAAUGGGGGCUGAACGUGCGACUCCACGCUGAGGCGGGGCGCCAGACGGUGGAGGGCUCCACUGAUUUAUGAAACUGUCUUCAGUUCUUCUUGAAUUGCCAGUUUUCAGCCUCCUCAUGCCUCCGUCUCCUUUAGACGACAGGGUAGUAGUGGCACUGUCUAGGCCCGUCCGGCCUCAGGAUCUCAACCUUUGUUUAGACUCUAGCUACCUUGGCUCUGCCGCCCCGGGCAGUCACAGCCACCCUGCCGUCAUCGCCACCACCGUUGUGUCCCUAAAGGCUGCGAAUCUGACGUAUAUGCCCUCAUCCAGCGGCUCUGCCCGCUCCCUGAAUUGUGGAUGCAGCAGUGCCAGCUGCUGCACUGUGGCAACCUACGACAAGGACAGUCAGGCCCACACCCAAGCCCUUGCCGCUGGCUCCGCCACCACUGCCAUCGGGACCUCUAGCACCUGCCCUGCCACCCAGAUGGUCAACAACAAUGAGAACGUAGGCUCUCUAAGUCCAUCCGGUGGGGUGGGCAGCCCCGUGUCAGGGACCCCCAAGCAGCUGGCCAGCAUCAAAAUAAUCUACCCCAAUGACUUGGCGAAGAAGAUGACCAGAUGCAGCAAGAGUCCCCUGGCGAGCCAGGGCCCCGUCAUCAUCGACUGCCGGCCCUUCAUGGAGUACAACAAGAGCCACAUCCAAGGAGCUGUCCACAUCAACUGCGCCGAUAAGAUCAGCCGGCGGAGACUACAGCAGGGCAAAAUCACUGUCUUAGACUUGAUUUCCUGUAGGGAAGGCAAGGACUCUUUCAAGAGGAUCUUUUCCAAAGAAAUUAUAGUUUAUGAUGAGAAUACCAAUGAGCCGAGCCGAGUGAUGCCUUCCCAGCCACUCCACAUAGUCCUCGAGUCGCUGAAGAGAGAAGGCAAAGAACCUCUGGUGUUGAAAGGUGGGCUCAGCAGCUUCAAGCAGAACCAUGAGAACCUCUGCGACAACUCGCUGCAGCUCGCCCCCGCCACGCCCGACGUGGAGGGCGCCGAGCUGACGCCCAUCCUGCCCUUCCUGUUCCUGGGCAACGAGCAGGACGCGCAGGACCUGGAGGCGCUGCGGCGCCUGAACAUCGGCUACGUGCUCAACGUGACCACGCACCUGCCGCUCUUCCACUACGAGAAGGGGCUGCUCAGCUACAAGCGCCUGCCCGCCACCGACAGCAACAAGCAGAACCUGCGGCAGUACUUCGAGGAGGCCUUCGAGUUCAUCGAGGAGGCUCACCAGUGUGGCAAGGGGCUACUCAUCCACUGCCAGGCCGGGGUGUCCCGCUCCGCCACCAUCGUCAUCGCUUACUUGAUGAAGCACACUCGGAUGACCAUGACUGAUGCUUAUAAAUUUGUCAAAGGCAAGCGACCAAUUAUUUCCCCAAACCUCAACUUCAUGGGGCAGUUGCUGGAGUUUGAGGAAGACCUGAACAACGGGGUGACACCGCGGAUCCUUACACCAAAGCUGAUGGGCGUGGAAACGGUUGUGUGAUGUCAGGAGACGAAGAGAAGGGCGAACAGUCUGUCUUUGCUUUUAUUUUACCUUUUUUUU